GCCGUUGCACAGCUCCGGCAGCCAGGCGCAAGAUUCACCGCGGACCAAUCAGGGGUAAGUACCCCCGAGACUCCAGCGCGAUCCUCCAGCGCCACAACCGAAGGAGCCACCACAGCUCUCCGUGACCUCGUUUCGAGUGCAGCGGGCUGCUCAUGAGGCUCACUUGAUGCUUUGCGGCCUUAUUACUGCCAGGCUGCUCCCUAGCCUUGCUCCCUCUACAUCAGUCGCCCCUGACACUACCUCGCGUUUCAACUUUUGCCGCCACGAGUCUGGCGCGCUAAUAAGCUACUGACGGCCUUCAAGAUGCUGCAACCUCCAGUCGACUCUCCCCGGCGCCCGGCCUCGAUAAUGACGACGGCCUCCUCAGCGGAUAAGACGGGGCAAACGUGGGUGGAUGGUGUGAACAAGUCCAACUGCUGGGAGGAUCUCAUAUUGACUCUAGAUGGCGGCGGUAUUCGAGGCUACUCCAGCCUACUUAUCCUCCAACGCGUCAUGCACGAGAUCGCCGAGAUCGAGCAACGGAUACAAGAACAAGAAGGCCCUCCGAAAGGCUGUGGACGGCGGACAUUCAACGAAGAUGAGCUUCUCCCUUGCCAUUACUUCGACUACAUGUACGGAACGAGCACUGGCGGGUUGAUAUCGGUAAUGCUGGCACGACUACGCAUGACUGUCCCUCAAUGUUUGGAAAUAUAUCGACAAGUCGGCGAGGAUCUCUUUGGUCAUCGGAGAAAUGUCCUUCCUUUGGCGACGAAAUACCAUCACAAGCCCUUGGAGAAAGCGGUGCAAAGAAUCGUAAGCGAGUUCUGCAAGCACCAUGAUAAGUGUGACGGCCAUGACUGGCAUCCUUGGAGCGCGGAUGAGGGCUCAGAGACUGGAAGCGGGAGCUCGUCGUCAUCAAGUUCCUAUCUGCAACCUGAUAGGAUCUGUCAAUCUAUCUGCCUCACCGCAACCCACUCCGGUAUGAUUGACGAAGCCUACCUCCUUCGGACAUACGAUCACCGCUACGAUCCUGAGAUUGCACCUGUCUGGGUGACUCCCUAUAACGAGGGCGCAGAUAAGCUUAAGAUCUGGCAAGUCACUCGCGCUACUUCAGCAGCCCCCUUUUUCUUCAAGAUGCUUGAAGCCGACUUCGGAUCAGGUCGCAAGAUUGGCUUCAAAGACGGAGGAAUACGCGAGAAUAAUCCCUCGUACGCUGCGUAUAGCGAACACGCUUCACUGAAAGGGGAUGAUCACGAACCCGCCUUGCUUCUCUCAAUCGGCACAGGAAGACCAGAUACGUCAAACGACGGGUUCGCUUCCGUAUGGCCAGGACCUUUCGGAAAAGUACCGCUGAUGAAGAAGUGGUCGGAGAAGUUUGCCGUUUUCAAGAACGUUUUGAUCAAAUACACGGAGGGUGAAGACAGACACAAAAUGAUGAAAACAAUUGCUCGCGGCGAGCAUCGGUGGUACAAGCGGCUCAACGUCAACAAGGGGCUCGAAGACAUGAAGCUCGACAACUGGGAAAAGGGGGUUUGGACAAAUCCUCAGACGGGCGAGACCAAAGAAGUUCCGGGAGGCAAAACGCUUUCAAGAAUGGAGCAGGUUACGAACGCCUAUUUGGCUAGGGAGACUGCAGAGAGACAGGUACCUCUACAGGAGUACGCACCUCCACAAGUGAUGAUAAGGCAGGUCGCUGAGCGGCUAGUACGACAUAGACGGCUACGGGAGGAGACAAAGAACGAGGACCUUAGGAGGUGGCAAACACAUAUGGGGCAAUGGUUGAGCGGCACAUUGAAAGAGGAGGACAGCAUGAUCAAGAGAGAACCGCCGAAUAAGAAGGGCAGCCGCGCGACCGCGACCGCGACCUUGGGCACGAGCACGAACACAAAGCAGCCUGUAGUCACCGACGAGAACAGCACCACGGCCAACAAGAAUUGAACCGAUUUGAGCUUGCCAUCCUCCAGCCUGAGCCGUCUGGACUCCACAUCCUCGUCGCCGUCUUUCUGGCCCUGAGUCAAAAAUCUUGACGGCUCAACCGUGGAUCUUCCAUCAGCUAUCCCAACCUUCGACGGUUCCACCGGUGACCGACCUCGCCCUCAACUACGGUUUGCCCCAAACCCGGGCAUUCUGCCCCGGCUGCGACCCUCACGACCAUGAGAGCACCCAACUUUGGAUACAUUUUACUGCAUAGCGAAGCAUGUGCAUUUGGCGGCGUCACAUCACAUACCCCUCCCUUCGCUGUGGAUAUCGCGAAGACGUAAUACUGGGCAUCGGCGUUGGCGUUCUUAGUUCUUGAAAUUUUGUAAGCAUAUGGGGCGCCUGACUAUUCACGGCAGUUCUUGCAUAUAGCAGAUAGCGCACGAGAUACCACAUUCUUAGUAGUUUUUUUGGGCAUAAUAUUCGGUAAACUCCAUGUUGAGCUUUGCAA